GGCUCCAAUCAAGGUUUUUCCUGGCUCUCACUCCCAUCCUCAGGCUAAACCAGCCCUUGAGGGCUUUUCUGGUUUGCUACCAUAAAGAGAAGAAGACAAAAAAGCAAAGAGUGAGGUGGCCAGGAACAGUUUUUGAAUGACAAAGUACUACUUGGAUUGAGAAAAAAACCCAUGUCAUCUGAGACAAGGCAUUGAGGUAACAGCUUCAGAAACACGUUGAAGUUAUUGAGAAGAGACUCAUCUUUACUUGCUGAUUCAAAUCAUAACACAGAUGGCAGUUUGGGAGGGGACAAGCACCAGAUCUGCCUCCAGCCCUGAUGUCUUGCUGUCUUCUGCCUCCUCUGCUUGGUGAACAUGGUGUACAAGCUGGGGCUGAGCCUGAUGCUACUGUAAGGAGCAGAAGCAAGCCCAAGGGAUAUUUUGUCCAGUGGAAGGGGUUUGUCCUGGCUCUCCAUGUCCCAGCAGUUCCCGCUCUGAAGCCGUCCCGGCCGCAGCCUCCCCGGGGACCCCCCGGCGCAGCGCCAUGGAGACGGUGGGAAAGUUUGAGUUCAGUAGGAAGGACCUGAUCGGGCACGGAGCCUUCGCCGUCGUCUUCAAAGGCAGGCACAAAGAGAAACCUGAGCUGGAAGUAGCUGUGAAAUGCAUUAACAAGAAAAACCUUGCAAAAUCUCAAACUCUGCUGGGCAAGGAAAUAAAAAUACUUAAGGAAUUGAAACAUGAAAACAUCGUUGCCUUGUAUGACUUCCAGGAACUGGCAAACUCUGUCUACUUGGUUAUGGAGUACUGUAAUGGUGGUGACCUGGCAGACUAUCUUCACACUAUGCGGACGCUUAGCGAAGACACCAUCAGGCUCUUUCUCCAGCAGAUCGCAGGUGCCAUGAAAAUGCUGCACAGCAAAGGCAUCAUCCAUCGCGACCUGAAGCCACAGAAUAUCCUCCUUUCCUACGCAGGAGGCAGGAAAUCAAAUCCCAACAACAUUCGCAUAAAGAUAGCUGACUUUGGGUUUGCCCGAUACCUGCAGAAUAAUAUGAUGGCAGCAACAUUGUGUGGUUCACCAAUGUAUAUGGCACCAGAAGUCAUUAUGUCUCAACACUAUGAUGCCAAAGCUGAUCUCUGGAGUAUAGGAACCAUCAUUUAUCAGUGUCUGACAGGAAAGGCUCCUUUUCAGGCCAGCAGCCCACAGGAUCUUCGUCUCUUCUAUGAGAAAAACAAGAUGCUGAUGCCGAACAUCCCAAGGGAGACAUCAAGCCACCUGAGGCAGCUGCUGCUGGGCCUUUUGCAGCGUAACCAUAAGGACCGCAUGGACUUUGAUGAAUUUUUUCAUCACCCAUUCUUGGAUGCAAGUGCCUCUAUGAAAAAAUCUGCUUCUGUGCCAAUGCCUUCUUAUCCCAGUUCAGGCUCCGGUAGUUCCUCCAGCAGCUCUUCUACUUCCCACCUGGCAUCACCUCCCCAGUCCCUUGGAGAGAUGCAGCAGCAGCUGCAGGAGAAGACGCUGGCAUCUCCUACCCAGGAUUCACCUGGCUUUCUGCAUGGAUCUAAGGACUCUUCUGGAAGCAGCAGUAAGAACUCGUCCUCUUACACAGAGGACUUCGUUAUGGUCCCAGCACAGCUCUCAAGUGAUUUAACUGCAGAGGCUGCAGGAGGGAAGCCAAUCCAAGACAGUCUGAUGUACAGUGGGAGUUCUCUGGUGACUUCAGCAGGCUUGGAAAGCCAGGGAAGGACUCCAUCUCCUUCACCCCCAUAUAGCAGUUCUCCUAGCCCAUCCAGCCGGCCAGGUCAGUUCUCGAGCAGCAAGUACGGACACUCUGUGCCCAUCCCAGUCCCAACACAAAUCCAUAACUACCGGCGGAUUGAGCAGAACCUGCAGUCUCCCAACCAAUACACCUCUCCACGGUCUGGUACAGUCCGGAGGUCUAGCAGUACAAGUCCACUUGGUUUUCCUAAAACUGGUGCGUCCCCUCCUUAUCCUGGAGAGCAUGGCUCUGUGCCCAGCUGUAGAAAGCCCUCCUUUGGUGGUGCCAAGCCAUUUAUGCCAUCACCACAAGUUGGAACAAUCCCAGAGCAGCCCAGCCAGACUGUUAUCCCCUCUUCUCUUGGAGCAGAAGUGAGAAGCCGGAUUCCUGUGGCUGGCUCCUCAGUGCCCGAACACUCUCCAAGAGGGAUGGGCUCCCGGCUCCACAGCGCUCCCAACCUGUCAGAUUUGCAUUCCUGCAGGCAGAAGAUAACCAAGCAGCACUCGGAUCCUCUCGUUGCUCACCUCGGUCUCGCCCCAGGCAGCCAGCCCCUGCAGGCUCAUAGCUUGCAGCACUGCCGGCAGCUCAGAUCCUCUCCAAAGCUCUCAGAGUUCAUGCAGAGAAGCCCAUUGCCAACUAUCAUGGGCUCCCCUACAAAGGCUGUAUCCCCAUUUGAGUUUCCCAAAACCCCAAGUUCCCAGAAUCUCCUCACCCUCUUGGCCCAUCAGGGGGUCAUGAUGACUCCAACACGGAACAAGACGUUGCCAGAUCUGAAGGAGAUGGGUCAUUUCCACUGCCAGCAAGCUGGCUUGGGACUGAGGCCUGUGGAAGAGAUCAAGGGCAGAUCUCUGAGCACAGGCAGGCUCACUGACCUGCUUCUGAAGGCAGCCUUUGGGGCACAGAUCUCUGAAGCUGGCAGCAACGACAGCUUGAACAACGAGAAGCCAAUGGAAAUUGCAGCUCCCUCAGGUGCUUAUGGAGGGACCCUGCACUCUGGUGCCCGGGCUGGGGGCUCUGCCAGCCCGUCCCCAGUGGUUUUCACUGUCGGAUCCCCUCCCAGUGGAACAACCCCCCCACAGACCACGAGGACCAGGAUGUUUUCAGUGGGGUCUUCCAGCUCUCUCAGUUCUGGAGGCUCAUUCACCGGCAGGCACUUGGCAGUGGGAACUGGUGGGGACGCACUGGAAGGCCCCUCAAGUCUCCGGUACACGCUUGCUGAUCCCAUCACUGCCAACCUGGAAGGUGCUGUUACUUUUGAGGCACCAGAGUUGCCCGAGGAGACGCUCAUGGAGCAAGAGCACACGGACAUCCUGCGCAGCCUCCGCUUCACGCUGGCCUUUGUCCACUACGUGAUGGAAAUCGCCGCCCUCAAGGGCAGCUCCAGUGAGAUGAGCAGUUCAGUGACAUCUGAGUACCAGCUCCAGGAGAGCGUGGUGGCCGACCAGAUCAGUCUCCUCAGCAAGGAGUGGAGCUAUGCAGAGCAGCUCGUGCUGUACCUGAAAGUAGCAGAGCUUCUGUCCUCCGGGCUGCAGAUGGCCAUAGAGCAGAUCAAAGCUGGCAAGCUCUGCCUCUCCUCCACUGUCAAGCAAGUUGUGAAGAAGCUGAAUGAACUUUACAAAUCCAGUGUAUCAUCCUGCCACUGCCUCAACAUGAGACUCCAGAGGUUCUUCUUGGACAAACAGAAGCUCAUGGAUCGGAUCAACAGCAUCACAGCAGAGAAGCUGAUCUUCAGCUACGCUGUGCAAAUGGUGCAAUCUGCAGCCCUGGAUGAGAUGUUCCACCACAGAGAGGACUGUGCACAGAGGUACCACAAGGCUCUGCUGCUGAUGGAGGGGCUCCUGAACAUCAUCACUGAACAGGGGGACAUAGAAAACAUCAGUAAAUGUAAGCUGUGCAUCGAGCGCAGGCUGUCAGCUCUGCUCUCGGGGUUCUGUGCCUGACGCCAGUGGGGUUGUUCUUCACACACCUCGCCCCAGCUGAUCACUUUGUUCCCACAGCCUGCAGCUGUGGUGGGAAACAGUUUUGGCAGUAGGAGACCUGGAGGAUGAACUGCUCAAUGUUUCAUAUUUUGACAUUUUGGGAAGUUGUUCCACAGACUCGGAUUCCUUUGCAGGGAUGUGUGACUGCAGCAAGCACAAAUACUUCCCGGCCCGAAGGCCAAGACGAGGUUGAUGUGGAAAGGUUUCCCCCAUUGGCAGAGGGGAUGAAGGAUGGAAGUCUGCUGCUCCCCAGCACUUUGAAGGAUAAGACUGCUGACUGCCCCUCUUGCUUAUGAACAGGGUAUUUCAGUGCUGCGUCCAUUGCAGGCAAUGGAUGUGCUGAAACUGCUGGCUACAGUUAAUGUUGGAGGGUGUCAUUCAGAAAUCAAGGCCAGUUUGUGUACUUUCCCCUACCCCAGCUGAGAGCCAGGCAUCUUCAAGCUUCCUGGCAACCUGAGGCUCCCCUCCUUUGUCCCUUCUCAUCCGUGUUUAUGCCUUGGAGUGCUUACUGAAUGGCAGAGAGGAGGCAGUGGGUUCCCUUUUGCCUGCUGAGCGUGGCAGAAGUAGCUCCCACCUUCUGCAGAGUCACCAGACAACGCAGAGGACACACAUCUGCUGCAGGGAAGUUUGCAUCUCUGUCAGCUGCCAUCAGACUGCCUCUCUGCCUGGUGGGCAAACAGCACAGGGAGAGAGACUGUGCAGGGAACAGGAGGAGGACAGAAAGUGUACCGCUCCUGUGUUUGUAAGAAGCCAAAAUGAAUCUGUUCCUCCCUUGGUCCCCAGGCUCAGCGGGAUCAACAUGAAGGACUCGUGGCCGUUGGGCUCAGCCUGUCAGUACAUAUCUACCAGGAGGAAGCACUGGCACUGUCCUGCUUUCAGCUCUUGCUCAAUAACCCCUUUCCUGGAGCCCCUCCCCAAAAAACCCUGAAAACACUAGCUUUGUGAAUCAAAGGAGCACUUUACACACUAUGGGAACUUUGAAAAGUUGACUUUGCAUCACACAACAACCCAGGAACAUCACGACUGUUAGGAAUGCUGUUCUUUUUAUUCCUUUCCUUGCUUCCUGGUUGUUUUAUUGCACUACGUGUGUGCGUAUAUUAAUAUGUAUUCCUAAGGGUGAAUAUAUAUUGAUAUAUAUAUGGUUUGUGUGUAACUGUAUGUAUUUAACUGUACUGUAUCUUGUGAGGGUGAGACAAAAAGCACUGCAGAGCCUGUGCUGUUCUCCUUCACACCAGGCAAAGCUGACGUGCAGUCUGGCAGUACCAAGAUGUGUUGUGUUUUGGUUUUGUUUUUUUAAUUUAAAUGUUCUUUUAAGGACAGUCAAUACAAAGCUCCAUGCUUUUUAAGAGCUCAAGAACAGGCGUUACGACCCCUACACACUUACAGUUGGAAAUGUGUUGGUUUUUUUUCAGAAGUUUUAUUUGCUGCUUCAAUGUUUUUUUAUGUAUGUAUCUAUAUAUAAAGAAAUCAUGUAGUGUUUUAUGUUCAGCAUUUCUUUUUAAGGAGACUCUAGCCAAAUGAGACUGCGGGUGCGAGUGGCUGAGUGAUGGUUGAGGCUUGGGAUGCGAGGAGCAUGUGUGAGAGGAUGGCUGGUUGUGUGCACGGGUGUGUCCUCAUGUAUCAGAGUCAUGGCAGUAUUUUCUUAGCGCUGGGCAGAAAAGUAUCUUUGAAAGCAACUCGAAACCUCAGGCUUUGUUUUUGGGGAUCUGAAAAGACUUUGCACGGGGUGGUUAAGUCCUCAUUGCGUUUCUGUUUUUCUUUCUCUCUCGAUAUCGGCACGUUCAACGUGAUACUUUGCAAGGGUUUCAGGAGUAACUUAAUUGACUUGGCAUAAUCUGUGGCAACGUAGGUGUUUCUGAUCACAGAGCAGAAACGCCAAUAAAGAAAUGUUAAAAUAUUUCAGAUUGCCCCCACCAGUAAGUGUAGCUUUCACAAAUGCUUCAGGGUUGGGCUGCCGUUACAUUGUACCUUCACAGCCUGCUGCUUCUGUGGCCCUUUGUGCUUGUGCCUGGGAAGAAAAGAGGAAAGAAAAGAGACAAAAACAACCAUCUCCCCCAGCCUGUGCCCAGAAAUGCAAGGAGACCCAGACAGCUUCUGAAAGGCUUUUACCAGUUCUGCAAAGGGCUAUGCUGCAGGAGGGAGUGGUGCAGUGUGACAGCACUAAGCCAGGACUGACUCUGCAAUACAGACACCUGCUUACACACCCGGGGCCCCCCAGGAUCCCCCUCCAGGACCCCCGAGCCUGCACCCACAGCCUCCUGCCAAGGGGAAGCCCAGCCUGGGAUCCACGUCUCUGCCGCAGGUUUCAUGAUCCCUGUGUGUGGCAAGCUCAGCACUAACCUUCCAGCUGUACUUGAAUGUAUCAAAAUUGUCCACAUUCAAUGUAUACAAGUAUAUAUUGCUCCAAAAAAAUUGUGGUUUACAGACCUACAACCAAUAUAUAUAUAUAUAUAUGUAUGUGUUUGUGUAUAUACAUACAAGGGUGUGUGUGUGUGUAUCUAGAUACACACACAAACACAAACGUGUAUAUAUAUGUUUUCUCUCAAUACUUGAAACUUAGCCACUGUGCUUGAAUAAAAAAUAAAAAAACAAAAAACACAAAAAAACAACAAAAAACACACAAAACCCCCCAAAUUGGGGGGGGGGGGGGGGGUGAAGCAAAUCAAACAGGUGAUUUAUUUUGCCAUCACUUUAGUGACUUUCUUUUUUAUCUAACUGCAUGUAGCGUGAAACCAACUUUUUUUUGGUGAAAAAUAUUUAUUGCUUUGUAGAUGAUAAGGUAUGCAAAAAAAAAAGAAAAAAAAAAAAAAACAACAGAAAAAAAACCCCAAAACCAACUCCCAACCAUUGUUGAAGUUGCUAGUGUAGUGUCCACUGCUAUUGUCAUGGCUUUGUUACUGUUGCAGCGUUUGUGUCUCACGUCUUUAAUAGAUUUGAAGAAACCUCAGUCUAAUAAACACGUUAUCUUCAGGUUUGUGAGAGCGUAUGAUGAUGAUGUUCUUUAUAAGGUAAUGCUUGAUACUUUGUCAACAUUUUUUUAUUUGUGUUUUGUGUGACUUUUUUUUUUUUUUUGCUUUAAAUUGUACAACACCGAUUUAAGGAAAUAAAAUUGAUUUGAAAUUGUUA